CCUGUUAUUGAAUUUAUGAGACAGCAUGGAGACAAAAUAAAAAUGAAUACUCUUUGCAAUCAUUGUGCUAAAAAAGACAAACUAAAUAAACAAAAAACCAAAUCUGCUUAUACAAAAAGUACUUUAUCUUUAAAUAAUGAUGAUAAAGCUGAAAUUUUAAUUGAAGAUACUGAUGAAAGUAAUGAAGAUAAUGAAACUGGCCUUAUAUAUAAUUUGUGUGAUCUUGGAGAAUUG